AUGUUUUCCUUUUGCCGAGCAUGGUUAGCAAAACCGUCCACACUCCUAACUUUCACUCUGAAUGAGUACCUUGCUGGUAAAAGUAAAAGUAGUAGCAAUAAUAAUAAUAAUAAUAAUAAUAGCAGUACUAGUAGCAGUAGUAGUAGUACUCACCCCAGUGGCAGCCACCACCCCAACAGCCACGUGGAUCCCUGGGCGACGCUCACAGUCACCCGCCGCUCGCUGGAUGAGCCGUGGACGUUAGAUGUCCAUCAACGCAAGUCCUCCGUUUAUCUCAAUCCCCUGCCGGCGGAGCUCCUCGCGGGCUCCGUCGUGGCCGGCCAUUUCCUCAGCAGCAGCACUCUUCCCUCACCACGGGCCGUUCGCGUUGUGUCGGUGAAUGGCAAUCCCGCCAUCUCGUCAGGGAAAGUUCGGCGUGAGAUGAAUCGCAGCAACACAGUGGUUUUUCAACUCGUCAUUCACGCAACGUUUUAUCGACGGGCGCUGAAUAAACAAAGAAAAGAGGAGCGAGAUAUGGGAAAAGAGGAAACAGAGUUGAAUAAUACAGCAGAAGAACCUCUAUCUGCUGAGUUUGAAGAUGAACACACGGCAGGAGAUAUCGAUCUCGUGGAUCCUGCAGAUGAGUUGAAUGAUGAUAAUACAGUUGCGGUUAAAUCACCCUCUGCUGCUGAUAAUAAGGAUGAUACUACAAUAAACUCAACAACAGAAUCUGUUAACGUAAAGGAAACACCUGCUGCUGCUGCUGUUGCUCAUACUACAAUAAACUCAACAACAGAGUCUGUUAACAGUAAGCAAACACCUACUGUUGUCGAUGAUGUUGUAGGGAGUUCGGCUACUCUAUCGCCUAAAGAUCCGGAUAAUUCAUUGGGCUCUUCAUCUGCAGAUGGCGUAGAGAAAAAGAAGAAGAAAACUUCAGUAGAAUCACCUGCAAGAAAUGGUCAUAAAUUGACUUCACAAAAUCAAAAAAGCAAAAAGUCCAAAAAAGGAGCCGCUAAGACGAAAAAAACUGCACCGAAAAAGAAAGUAAAUCGUGUUGCUGCAUCAAAAGCUGAUAACUUUGUUGGUGCGGUGUCUAUUUCGCUCUAA